GCGUGCGGCUCGGAUCCUUGUUCUGGUGCCCCGUGCCGCGCGGGCCACCGAUCAGAUCGGUCGCGUCCCUGCUACCCCCGCGGCCAGAAGGCGCCGCGCGGGGCGGCGGCCACGCCCAUGGCCGACAAUGUGACGGCCCUCUCGGUUGCAGUGGCGUGCAAGGCUUCAGCCCCGAUAUGCAAGGCGGGCGGUUCUGGGAUGAUCCUGCCACUGUCGGAGCACGAGGCGGAGAUGGAGCCAGCAUUACGCGUCGUCGUUUACGGAUUCAUGAUGCUUUAUUUUUUCGUAGGGGUCGCGAUCAUCGCUGACAUCUUCGUCGCUUCCAUUGAGGAGAUCACAGCCCGCUGGAAGCAGACUACAGGUAAGGAUGGCAAGGUCAGGACCACGAAGGUCUGGAACGAGACGGUGGCGACGUUGACGUUGAUGGCUUUGGGGUCCUCGGCCCCAGAAAUAUUCGUCGCCCUGAUCGACGUCUUCAAGAAGGAGUUCCACGCGGCUCAGCUGGGUCCCUCGACGAUCGCCGGCUCUGCGUCGUUCAAUCUGCUGGUGAUCGUGGCUGUCUGCAUCAUGGUGAUUCCCUCUAACGAAGUACGAGUGAUAAAGGAGCUGCCCUCCUUCUAUAUCACGGCCGCCUUCUCCCUCGGCGCGUACCUGUGGGCUGCCUUCAUCCUGGUCGUGAACACCAAGGACCAGGUAGACCCCUGGGAGGCGAUCGUCACCUUCCUGUUCCUUCCGCUGCUGGUCUGGAUGUCGUACAAGUCGGACGAGGGGGCAGUCGUCUGGAUCCUCGUCAAGCUAGGCUUCAUUGAGCACGACAAGGCGGACCUGGCGACACAUCUGCACGGGGCCCGACCGUCCCAGUUCGUCGUCGAGGUGCGCUCCAGCUUGCGGGGCAGUUCGGGCGAGGAGGCAGUGGAGGUUGCGAAGACGAAGGUGGCCCUGGUGGGCUUCCCUCAGGAGCACCUGGUGGUCGCUUUGACGAACGAGGAUCAGAAGAUCAAGAUUCCUCUGGCCGCCAGCGGCUACAGAGGAAAUAAGGACGUGAAGGUCAGGUACACGACCCGCAGGCUCACUGCCGUCCCAGACGUAGAGUAUACGCAUGUGGAGGGCGGCGUCGUCGUUUUCGACGAGGAGGAGACGGAGCAGUUCAUCGAGCUGACUAUCGGCCCGUGGUCAGGGAACAAGCUGAAGUCAUCUUUCUUGCUCGUACUGGACGAUGCCCAGGGGGCGGACUUCGACCCCGACACCGAUGGAGGCGACCAGUGCGCCAUCCUCACGGUGUCCUUGAGGGCCGACGGGCCGCUGGACCCCUGGAGGAGAGUCGUUGGCAGCAUCGUCGACAUCGACGGGUUCCACUACGGACUCACCAUGUGGAGGGAGCAGCUGGCCAACUCGAUCUACGUGGGGGGGGACCCCGAAGAGCACAGGGAGGCCUCGGCCACAGACUGGGCGCUGCACCUCGUGAAUCUGCCGUGGAAGCUGCUCUUCGCGCUCAUCCCGCACCCCUGCUUCUUCGGCGGGUGGCUCUGCUUCGCCGGCUCCCUGCUCGGCAUCGCUGCCCUGACGAGCGUCGUGUCCGACCUCGCCGAGCUCUUCGGGUGCGUCCUCGGCAUCGGAGACGUGGUGACGGCCAUCACCUUCGUGGCGCUCGGCACCUCCAUGCCGGACCUCUUCGCCUCCCUGGCAGCUUGCAAGGAGGACGAGACUGCUGACGCGUCGGUGGUGAACGUCACUGGGAGCAACUCUGUGAACGUCUUCUUAGGCCUGGGGCUUCCGUGGAGCAUAUGUUCAAUAUAUUGGGCGUUCAAGGAACGCACCUCGGAGUGGGCCGCGUGCUACCCCGAAACCGCCGCGAGGCUCGACGCGGGUGGCCACGGGAGCUCCAUGGUCUUCGUUGUCGAUUCGGGUUUCAUCGGCUUCAGCGUAGUGACCUUCUGCUGCGUCUGCCUCUCGGCGAUCGCCAUCGUCAUGAUCCGUAGAAAGUACCUGCACGCCGAGCUCGGGGGGCCGUUCGUGCCAAAGAUCACCUGCGGGGCGGUCUUGAUAUUCUUCUGGUUAUCAUGGAUCUUCGUCGUUAGUUGGCGGGUGCUCCGGUACGAGGACCAGACCUUGUUGGAGCAAGCCGUCGUCGGCUUUGCCUUCUUGUGUGUGGUGCUGCUCGGGCUGAUGUUCGCGUUCGCAAGCGUCUACAAGCACCGGCUGAGUUCGGUCCAGGUGCGCGAAGCGCGGGAGGUGAGACGGUUCAGCGCGGAGACGGGGUCCAUCGACUUGUCCAGCGUGCAGGGCUUCGCGGGCCAGCCCGGCGACAAGGCUGCGAGCCUCGGGGAGUUGCCCUCCGCCGAACGCAUAGGUUCGAAGGACCAGUCCUCUGGCGAGCUCACGCCCGCCACGGACUGCGACCAGAGCGGGCGCGGCGUGGCCCCGCACUGCAACCUCGUCGAGGGCGUGUAG